GAGCUUAGACUAUAAACAAGUUCAUCUCAAAGUGUAAUAAUCUUAUCAUAAACCUUUCCAACCCAACAACAACAUGGGUAGUACUUUUGAGAUCCCAACAAAGGUUCUUGCCAACACCUCUAGUAAGCUGAAAAUGCCAAUUAUAGGAAUGGGAUCAGCACCUGAUUUCACAUGUAAGAAAGACACAAAAGAAGCAAUCAUAGAAGCAAUCAAACAAGGUUAUAGACACUUUGAUACUGCUGCUGCAUAUGGCUCUGAACAAGCUCUUGGAGAAGCUUUGAAACAAGCAUGUCAACUUGGUCUUGUCACUAGAGAAGACCUUUUUGUUACUUCUAAACUUUGGAUCACUCAAAAUCAUCCUCAUCUUGUUGUUCCUGCUCUUCAAAAAUCUCUCAAGACUCUUCAAUUGGAAUACUUGGAUUUGUAUUUGAUUCAUUGGCCACUAAGUUCUCAGCCUGGAAAGUUUUCAUUUCCAAUAGAUGUGGCAGAUCUCUUACCAUUUGAUGUGAAAGGUGUGUGGGAAUCAAUGGAAGAAUGUUUGAAACUUGGACUCACCAAAGCUAUUGGAGUUAGUUAA